AUGGCCAACGGCGCAAUGCUACUUGCCGCUGCGCUGGCGCACCUGUGCACUGGCGUCAUUGCUGCACCGGCUCUGGCACAACCUCAGGUGCCCCUUGCAGCUGGCGCACUCGAGCAGCACCCCUUGGUUGAUACACCUCCAUCACCACCGCCAAUAACAGAACAGAAGAAGACCGCCCGGUCCAGAAAGCUGCAUGGCCGGUUCCUGCACAUCACAGACUUCCAUCCCGAUGAGUUCUACAAAGUUCACACCUCCACCGCGCAAGGCCGUGCCUGCCACAGCGGGAAGGGCCCAGCAGGCACAUACGGCGCCGAGACCUCGGACUGCGACACACCCAUCUCCCUCGUCAAUGCCACCUUUGACUGGAUAAUAUCCUCCAAGCUCCGCGAUGAGAUCGAUUUCGUCAUCUGGACCGGCGACAGUGCCCGCCACGACUCCGACGAGGACAUUCCAAGAUCGCCCGCUCAGGUGCUCGGCACGAACCGCUUGAUGGCCAACAAGUUCGCCGAGACUUUUUCUGGCGACAACGGCGCCAGCGUGCCAGUAAUCCCGACCUUUGGCAACAAUGACAUCCUGCCGCACAACGUUCUUAUGCCCGGGCCCAACAAAUGGCUGAGGUACUACACCGACAUCUGGCAUCACUUCAUCCCCGAGGAGCAGCGCCACAGCUUCGAGUUUGGCGGCUGGUUCUACGUUGAGGUCAUUCCGAACAAGCUCGCCGUCUUCAGCCUCAACACCCUGUAUUUCUUCGACAGAAAUGCCGGCGUCGACGAUUGCGUCAAGCCAUCGGAGCCCGGCUUCAAGCACAUGGAGUGGCUGAGGGUCCAGCUGCAGUUCAUGCGAGACCGUGGCAUGAAGGCUAUCCUGAUGGGCCACGUCCCACCAGCUCGGACUGACAGCAAAAUGCUCUGGGAUGAGACCUGCUGGCAGAAGUACACUCUCUGGCUGAAGCAGUACCGCGAUGUCGUCAUCAGCGGCCUGUACGGUCACAUGAAUAUCGACCAUUUCGUUCUCAUGGACACAAACGAGAUUGACAUCCGCUCCGCCGGGGUCGAGUCUCAGUUUGAGUCUGAGACUGCGUAUGAGGAUUGGGAUGAGUACGAGAACGAGGACGAGGACGAGGAAAUCACUGUCCGUGAGAAUCUGGAUGACGAGCUCUCCUUGCAGUCAGCUACCGAUUACCUCGAGGAGCUCCGUGAAGGGUGGGCCAAGUUAUCAAAGCCCGGCGCAGCCAAAAGCCUCGACGACUUUGAAUCGGAGAGGAGCAACAAGAAGAAGAAGAAGAAGGGCAAGGACAAAGACAAACUUGACAGCGAAUGGGCCGAGCGGUACCACCUGGCCCUCAUCAGCCCAAGUAUUGUGCCAAACUACUUCCCAACGCUUCGAGUCUUCGAAUACAACAUCACCGGGCUUGGGGACGCAGUGACAUGGGCGGACUACACCAAGAAGCUCCCGACCGUGCGGCCAAAGGACGACGCAGAUGAGACCUCUGGCGUAGAGUUGGAACUUCGCGACCUGGACGAUGAUGUUGAGGCCGAGAAGAAGAAACACAAGGGAAAGAAGCCGAAGAAGUCAAAGAGUGACAAGAAGAAGAAGAAGAAGAAGAAGAAGAAGAAGGGGAAGAAGGGAAAGAAGCCGAAGGAUCCCAAUUUGGUCGUCCCUGAGCCCCCUUCCAAGUCAUCGCCCCCGGGUCCGGCAUACUCACCACAGCCACUGACCCUCACCGGCUACAAGCAAUAUUAUGCGAAUCUUACAUACAUCAACAAUGACAUUGCGCCACAAUCCGAGGACAUCGAUACCGAGAAGUGGCGCAAAGGCAAGCACGGAAACAAGAUGCCGAAGAAUAAGAAACCCAAGCCUCGGGAGUUUCAGUUUGAUAUAGAGUACACGACGUAUGACGACAAGCUCUACAACCUGACCGACCUGACCGUGAGGAGCUUCGUUGAGCUGGCGUACCGGAUGGGCAAGACCGCGAAGGCCAAGACUGCCGAACUACUGCUACCUGGUGGUGACAUUGCCGACGACCUGGAAGAGUUCAAUGUCGAAGAGCCCGAGGUUCAUGACCUAGAUGAGCUCAUGCACGACAUGUCCGAAUCGGACGGCGAAGAGGCUACUGGUGAAGCUGAAGCAGACGAUAAUGUAGAAGCUGAGAAGAAGAAGAAAGGCAAGAAAGACAAGAAGAAGAAGAAGAAGAAGCAACAAGCCCAACAAGACCUGGCUUCACUUCCUGAGGCACGCAUUCGUCAGCACGGUAGAUGA